UUUUGGAACCCUUGUUGCGAUUGGAGUUACUGUUUGUGCAGUGAUUGUAAUUACUAUUAUUCUGUGCCUCACCUGUUCAUGUUGCUGCUUGUAUAAAGCGUGUCGACGACCACGGCCUGUUGUGACCGCCACUACUUCCACUACGGUGGUUCACGCUCCCUAUCCCCAACAGGGAGUGCCACCCAACUACCCAGUAGCCCCAUAUCAAGGUUAUCAGCCUGUGGCUAUCCAGCCCCAACCGGGAAUGCCGGUAGCACCAUACCCUGCUCAGUAUCCUCCCCCUUACCCCAUGCAGCCGUCAGGACCCCCAGCUUAUCAUGAAACGGUGGCAGCUGGUGCUGGAGCACCUUACCCAGUCAGCCAGCCCCCUUACAACCCUGCUUAUGUGGAUCCUCAGAAGCCCACCUAUUGAAAAGAUCUUCUGCUAUGCUUCUGCAUACAAAACUUUUUAAAGUAUAAUUUGUGCUGUUUACACUGUGCAACUGUAAUAUAUUUUUCUGGAAGAGGGUAAUCUUUUGUCUAAGUAAAGUGAAAGUUAAAUCAGUAUCUUUUAUUUUUAAAUGCUUCAAGUACGAGGAAGGAGUAUUUUUCUUGCAGAAGUUAAUUUAUACCUCAAGCAAAUACAAAAAGAGAUAUUGUUCUAUAUACAAUGAGAAAAGCAUGAAGGAGGAGUACUUCAGAAAUAAGAACCACAAUAACAUUUGCUGUGCAAUAAUUUUGAAAGGAGUGGUCUAAUAUGAGCAUUAUCAAACACCCAAAACUGUAGCAAUCUUUUGCACAGUAUUAAAACAUAAAAACUUAAUCUAAGAAACUACCUGAUAUAUGUUAUGUAUGUUCUGCCUGUUUUGAAGCUACUAUCGUUAGGUAAGCUACAAUAUAAUACAUUUCAUUUACCAUUCAAAAGGGAAUUUUCCUAUUUUUGAAACAUAUUUGCCUUCAGUAAGGGGUAGCAAACCAUGUUUAAUUGUUUUUGGACCAGUUGUAUUUUUCUGUGCUAAAUAGCAUGAGUUGAUAAUUUCCUUGUUUUCUUUACCAAUUUUAAGGCUUAAACUGUGCCUUCAUUGGGUGU